AACCCGGGAGGUGGAGGUUGCAGUGAGCUGAGAUCACGCCACUGCACUCCAGUCUGGCGACAGAGUGAGACUGCGUCUCAAAAACAAAAGUGUAUCAGAAGUGAGAGGCUAAACCAGAGCCCGAAGUUACUCAUGGAAAUCCCAUGACCCCUCUGCAUGGUCACCAGUGUCUCCUGGACAGGGCCCCAGCUGCAAAGAGCCCGAGAAGGGGUGAAGCCCACUGGGGCUUGGACUGGGUCCCCACCCCCAGCUCUUCUUCGGGCUGUGUGGCCUGGACCAGUCUCAGUGCCAGGUUCCUCAUCUGGCGGCCACCCCUGCUGAGCUGUUCCCGCUUUGCUUCUGAGCGGAAGGUUGGGGCUGCCAGGGAGGAGUUUCGUGGGGAAAGCAAAGGGGAAGCUGUCAGCGCCGGCUGCCAGCCGUCCCCUCCUGUGAACUAAAGAGUCGCCUUGGACAGGCAGGCCCCCGGAUGGAGAGCCAGCCUCCGAGGUGGUGGGCACUGCCCGGCUCCGCACACCCUCCCAGGCCCCCCACGGCCCCCCAGCUCCUCCUUGGCCUGCUGCUGUUGCCCGGGACCCUGCAACUGGCAGGAGGACAGUCGGUGACCCACAGCAGCCUGCCCAUCGUGGCCUCACUGGCCAACUCACCUGUCUCCUUCAGCUGCAGGGUCACCUACCCGUACACCCCCCAAUUCAAGGCUUUCACAGUCAGCUACUUUCAUGAAGAUCUCCAUGGGCAGACGAGCCCUGAGAAGCCAACCAACUGCCACCCUGGACCGGGCACAGAGAACCAGACCUACACCCUGAACUGCCUGGUCACCCUUGUGCCGCCGGGUGCAUUAGCCACUGGCACCUACUACUGCUCUGUCCACUGGCCACACACCGUGGCAAGAGGCAGUGGCACCUUCAUCCUGGUCAGAGACACAGGGUACCGAGAGCCCCCGCGGAGCCCCCAGAAGCUCCUGCUCUUUGGCUUCACCGGCCUCCUGAGUGUCCUGGGUGUUGUGGGCACAGCCCUGCUGCUCUGGAAGAAGAGGCAGAUGCAGGCUCCACGGAAGGACCCCGCCAGGAAGCGCCCAGCUCCAAGAUCUGCCAGCAGCCCCAAGGAGCCUCCUGCAGAAUCCGUGUACACAGCUCUGCAGCGCCGCGAGACCGAGGUCUAUGCCUGCAUCGAGAGUGACAAUGGCAGCCCACCCACCGCCACGCACAGCCCGCUCUCCAAGGAGAAACUGCAUAGAUUCCAAGAUGAAGAUGAACUUAACCUGGUCUAUGAAAACCUCUAGAAUGGGCUCCACGGCCUGCAGAGCUUGCCCUGGGUCAGAGGACCGGGCAGCCCCUGCCACCAAAGGACUUGACCUGAACUGGGAGAAAGGCCCCCAGAGACACCCCAUCAUCUCACCCUCACAUUCAAGGCCCUUUCCGCCUUGGCUGGCCCCGCUCCCCCUAUUCUGUGACUCGGCCACCAAGGGUUUCACAUCUUGGGGCCUUUGCCCAGGCUGUUCCUUCUGCCAAGCAGUCCCUUCCUCCCUUGGCCCAACCAGCAGUGCUCCUCAGUCUUCAAGGGGUCUCCUGGGUGCCACCCUUGCCCGGAGCCCUGCUCACCACCUCUCGCUGACAGAGCAGCGUGCUCUCUUGGCACCAGCCUGCACCUCGGCCAGCAGGGCAGCCUCUGAGCUGAGGGAGGACCCGGCAAGGGCUUCUUAGCAGUGCUGUGUGGGGAGCUGAGGUGUGGAGGGGCUGGGGAGUGGCUGCGCAAACCCCCACUUGCCCAGCUGGGCCAGAGGCAUGAGGCAGCCACCCAGGGCUGGCGUGGGAGGUCCGCGGGACGGACAGGGAUGAUGGACCCCUGCAGAGGCCAGACUGGUAUCAGGGACAAAUCUAGAGGUCUAGAACACAGCAGGCUGGGGACCUGGAGCAGAGAGGGCAUGGGUACAAGCUGGUGAGGAAGCAGAUUCUGGGGUGUUUGGGGUGAGGGCAGAGGGACCGAUGAGGGGAGGAGGGCACUGGCUAAACAGGAGCUGAAGGCUGAGCACGGCGGCCCAUGCCUGUGAUCCCAGCGCUUUGGGAGGCUGAGCGGGCAGAUCACGAGGUCAAGAUAUCAAGACCAUCCUGGCCAACAUGGUGAAACCCCAUCUUUACUAAAAAUACAAAAAUUAGCUAGG